GCAACUUUUGACCUCUGACCUCAUCCGUCCCACAUGGUCGCAGCUUUGCAAGCAUGCCUGAGUCGGGAAUUAAACUACUGCAGAACAGCGCGAUGAGUAAAGUUAAAGCGAAAAAAAGAACAGUCGAGGAGGACGAAGAACAGUUCCCCAUGUUUGCUAAAAGUGAUAAUGACGCCGGUGGUCUUGAUGAUGACGACGGCAACGAUGAUCUCUCAGACAGCGAGGAAAGUGUCUUCUCUGGACUUGAAGAAUCUGGAAGCGAUGAUGAAGACGACGAUGAACAAGAAAACUGUCUGGCAGAUUCUGAAGAAGAGGAGGCAAAUCUUAGUGAAGAGGUGAAGAGUGAAACAGAAACAGAUGUACCGGUCCCCAAUAGUGUAAAGAAAACCCAGACUGUGAGCAAAUCAACAAAAGAAAGAAAGCCAAAGAAGAAACAGAAUGUGAGUGCAGAUGGUGAAAACCAAGAGGAGAAGGUGACAUCUGGCAGCGACAGUGGGCUGAGGGUAUCUUCUCAAGUGGACGAGUAUGAGCAGGACACAUCAGAUGAAGAGGACAUUCGCAACACAGUGGGUAAUAUUCCAAUGGAAUGGUACAAGGAUUAUCCCCACAUUGGCUACGACCUCGAUGGCAAGAAGAUCUUCAAGCCAAUCAGGAACAAGGAUGAGCUGGAUGAGUUCCUGGACAAGAUGGAGAAUCCUGAUUACUGGCGCACAAUACAUGAUAAAAUGACUGGCACAGACGUGUGUCUGUCAGAUGAGCAGGUGGAUCUGGUGCACCGUCUCCAGCAGGGCAAAUUUGGUGAUGUCAACUUCAACGAGUACGAGCCCGCAAUUGACUUCUUCUCAAACGAGGUGAUGAUCCACCCAGUGACCAACAGACCCGCGGACAAACGCAGCUUCAUCCCCUCUCUCAUCGAGAAGGAGAAGGUUGGGAAGCUGGUUCACGCCAUCAAAAUGGGCUGGAUCAAGCCCCGCCGACCCAAAGAGACGGCACCCCAGUAUUAUGACCUGUGGGCGAAGGAGGACCCCAAUGCUAUCCUUGGGCGACACAAAAUGCACAUUCCUGCUCCAAAGAUGCGUCUGCCUGGACAUGAGGAGUCCUACAAUCCCCCUCCGGAGUACCUGCUCACUGAUGAAGAGCGGCAGGUGUGGGAGCAGCAGGACCCAGACGAGCGCAAGCUGAGCUUCCUGCCGCAGAAAUACCUGAGCCUGCGUGCCGUGCCCGCCUUCUCCCGCUUCAUCCAAGAGCGCUUCGAGCGCUGCCUCGAUCUCUACUUGUGCCCCCGCCAGCGCAAGAUGAGGGUAAAUGUGAACCCAGAGGACCUGAUUCCCAAGCUGCCCAGACCCCGAGACCUGCAGCCGUUCCCCACCUUGCAGUCCCUGGUGUACCACGGCCACUCCAGCCUAAUUCGCAGUAUCAGCAUUUCUCCCAGUGGACAGUGGCUUGUCUCAGGCUCUGACGACUGCACAGUGCGCUUCUGGGAGGUGUGCACGACUCGCUGCCUGAAGACAAUGGAGGUGGGCGGACCAGUGAAGAGUGUUGCGUGGAACCCCGCCCCUUCCAUUAGCCUAGUCGCAGUGAGCUAUGGGGAGAAUGUGAUCCUGGUGAACCCUGGCCUGGGUGACCGGUUAAUAUGCAGUGCUACUGACCAGCUUAUCUCCUCCUAUGAGGAACCAGAGGAGGUCAAGGAUCAGCAGGUGCAGUGGGCUGUCCCUGAGGGAAAAGCUCAGGAGCAAGGCCAGCGGCUCAUUCUCACACACCCCAAGGCUGUGAAGCAGGUGAGCUGGCAUGGCCGAGGGGACUACCUGGCAUGCGUUAUGCCUGACGAUGGCAGCAGUCUGCAGGUGGUGAUCCACCAGGUGAGCAGGAGACGCACGCAGAACCCCUUCCACCGGAACAAGGGUGCGGUGCAGUGCGUAUCCUUCCACCCAUCCCGGCCCUACUUCCUUGUGGCCACGCAGCGCUAUGUGCGUGUCUACAACCUCAUCAAGCAAGAACUCACCAAGAAGCUCAUGGCCAACUGCAAGUGGAUCUCCAGCAUGGCUGUUCAUCCAGGAGGCGACAACGUGAUCUGUGGCAGCUACGACUGUCGGCUGGCCUGGUUCGAUCUGGACCUGUCCACAAAGCCUUACAAAGUGCUCCGGCACCAUAAAAAGGCUCUGAGGGGCGUGGCCUACCACAAGCAUUACCCCCUGUUUGCCUCAGGGUCAGACGAUGGCACCGUCAUUGUCUGUCAUGGCAUGGUCUACAAUGACCUGUUGCAGAAUCCUCUCAUUGUCCCUGUUAAAGUUCUGAAGGGUCAUAUCAUCACCCAUGACCUGGGGGUGUUGGAUGUCGCCUUCCACCCCACCCAGCCUUGGGUCUUCUCCUCAGGGGCUGACGGCACAGUUCGUCUGUUUACCUAGUCAUCACAGCCAUGCCUGUAAUCUGUUGUGUUUAGUCAUCAUACAAAUAAAUGUAACAGAAUACCAAGAACAUGGAUGAGUGAUGGUGCCUGAUAUUUUUUCUGAAACUGUCCAUUUUUUUAAUUAAAAACUACAAAAGGAAAAAAUAUGCAUCAAAACAC